AUGCACUAUUUAUCACUUCGAAUUGCAAAAUGCCAAUUGGAAACAACUAGACCAAAUGUAAUAGUUGAAUGGAUACCACAUAGUAAUUUAGAAAAUAUUAAAUAUUUAACAAAAGGUGGAUUUUCUGAAAUUUAUAUAGCACGUUGGAUUGAUGGAACAUAUAAUGAAUGGGAUUCUGAAAAAAAACAAUUAACAAGAUUUGAAAAUCUCCAAGUAAUAUUAAAAAAAUUAGAAAAUGUUGAAAGUGCAAAUCAAAGUUGGUUUGAAGAGGCUAAAUCACAUUUAACUAUAAGUAAUAGAAGGGCGGAGGUUGUUCGAUGUUUUGGUUUAACGCAAAAUCCAUCAAAUGGAAAUUAUAUGCUUGUAAUGAUAAAAAUGGAUAUAGAUUUAAGAAAAUAUUUACAACAAAAACAUAAUCAACUUACAUGGAAAGCUAGAAUGAAAAUUAUUGAUGAAAUAACUCUUGCACUUUAUUAUAUUCAUCUUGAGAAAGCAAUUCAUAGAGAUUUACAUUCUGGAAAUAUAUUAUAUUCACAACUUAAUGAUUACUGGUAUAUUAGUGAUCUUGGAUUUUGUGGACCUGCUGAUAAAUCUUCAACAAGUAUAUAUGGAAAUCUUCCUUACAUAGCACCCGAAGUUAUUGUUGGAAGAGAAUAUACUUUUGCAUCUGAUAUUUAUAGUAUUGCAAUUCUUAUGUGGGAAAUUUCAUCUGGACAACCACCAUUUAUAAAUUAUGAACAUGAAAAUGAUAUUGUAAUGAAUAUUAUUAACGGUAUAAGGCCAAAAAUUGUGCCAGGAACUCCAUUAGAAUAUAAAAAUUUAAUAAAAGAAUGUUGGGAUGCUGAUCCAUUAAAAAGACCUGACGCUUAUGCACUUAUGAAAAAAAUGGAAAAAAUUAAUUUAGAUUAUCAAAAUAUGUCAGAUGAAUUAUUCAAAUCAGAAAUGGAUAAUUUAGAAAUAAAUAAAGUGGAAAAAAAUUAUAUGAAUAGCAAUAGUAAUAAAAAAUUAUCUAAAUCAUUUAAAAAGUUGCAAAUAAAUUCAAAUAAUGACGAAAAAGAAAAAACUCAAAAAUAUGUUGAUAGUAGGUGA